CCGGUAGGUUGUCCGCUUGACCAGUCUCCCGGCCUGUCCACUGCCAGGAACGCUGUCGGAGCCUUACAAUGUUGCGGCGCCAAAUGUCCUAUCGGUUUGAAGAUCAAGAUUCCUCGUCUAUGGCUUUGCGGAUGAAUCGUCGAUUUUCUCGGGUGGAGUCCGGCACGGAUCUGAAGGAUUACUUCGAUCGCGGCGAUAAUGCAUCGCGCGAGAAUCGCUGGAACUUUGAGGUCGCCUGGGAAGUGGCCAACAAGGUUGGCGGCAUUUAUACCGUGAUACGCUCCAAGGCCUAUGUGUCCACAGAGGAGAUGGGCGAGCAGCUGUGCAUGAUGGGCCCCUACAAGGAACAUUGUGCACGCACCGAAAUGGAGGAAAUUGAAUUUCCACGUGGCAAUCCGCUGCUGGAUGCGGUCAAUACGUUACGCUCGAGAGGCUACAAAAUUCACACCGGUCGGUGGCUCGUCGAUGGCAAUCCCCAGUUGAUACUGUUUGACAUUGGCUCUGCUGCCUGGAAAUUGGAUCAGUUCAAGUCCGAGAUGUGGGAGAAGUGUAACAUUGGCGUACCCCAUUUAGAUAUAGAGACGAACGAUGCCAUUAUUCUAGGCUUCAUGAUUGCUGAGUUUCUAGAGGAGUUCCGCAACUGUGCCAUCGCCUUCUCCCAGAACAAUGAUUUGAACCCACCGCGCAUUGUCGCCCACUUUCAUGAGUGGCAGGCCGGCGUGGGUCUGAUAGUGUUGCGCACACGACUCAUUGAGAUCGCUACCGUGUUCACCACGCAUGCCACUCUCCUGGGUCGCUACCUGUGCGCUGGCAACACCGAUUUCUACAACAAUCUCGACAAGUUUGCUGUGGAUGAGGAGGCCGGCAAGCGUCAAAUCUAUCAUCGCUAUUGCAUGGAGCGUGGCGCCACGCAUUUGGCGCAUGUCUUUACCACUGUCUCGGAAAUCACAGGCUACGAGGCGGAGCAUCUGCUCAAACGUAAGCCAGACAUCAUAACGCCCAAUGGCCUGAAUGUCAAAAAGUUUUCGGCCAUUCACGAGUUCCAGAAUUUGCAUGCCGUUGCCAAGGAGAAGAUCAAUGAGUUUGUGCGCGGUCAUUUCUAUGGCCACAUGGACUUUGACCUGGAUAAGACGCUGUACUUCUUCAUUGCUGGUCGUUAUGAGUUUGGCAAUAAAGGCGCCGAUAUAUUCAUCGAGGCGCUGGCUCGUUUAAAUGCGAUGCUGAAGCACGAGCGUCCCGAUACCACUGUGGUGGCCUUCCUUAUCUUUCCCACCAAGACGAACAACUUUAAUGUUGAUUCGCUGCGUGGUCAUGCAGUCAUCAAGCAGCUGCGCGAUACCAUCAACAACGUGCAGCAGGCGGUGGGCAAGCGCAUGUUCGACACAUGCGUUAAGGGUCACAUACCCAGCCCCGACGAGCUUUUGCAGAAGGAUGAUCUGGUGAAGAUAAAGCGUUGUAUGUAUGCCAUGCAGCGUGAUUCAAUGCCGCCGGUUACCACGCACAACGUGGCUGAUGAUUGGAACGAUCCGGUUCUAUCUUCAAUCAGGCGCUGUCAUUUAUUCAAUUCGGUUCACGAUCGUGUCAAAAUGGUCUUUCAUCCGGAGUUUUUGACAUCGACGAAUCCACUGUUCGGCAUCGAUUACGAGGAAUUUGUGCGCGGCUGCCAUUUGGGCGUGUUCCCAUCUUACUACGAGCCCUGGGGCUAUACACCCGCCGAGUGUACAGUGAUGGGCAUACCAAGUGUAACCACAAAUCUGUCGGGUUUCGGUUGUUUCAUGCAGGAGCACAUCAGCGAUCCCAAAUCCUAUGGCAUCUACAUUGUUGAUCGUCGCUAUAUUGGUUUGGAGAACAGCGUACAGCAGUUGUCCAGCUUUAUGAUGGAGUUCUCACGUCUGAAUCGCCGCCAACGCAUCAUUCAACGCAAUCGCACGGAGCGGCUCAGCGAUCUGCUUGACUGGCGUACGCUGGGCAUUUACUACAGACAGGCUAGGGUGAAGGCCUUGCAGGCCGUCUAUCCUGAUUAUGUGGAUGAGAGCUCUGCGUAUGGUUCACGCAGCAAUUUGAUCUUCUCACGCCCACAAAGCGAACCGCCCAGUCCCACAUCUUCGCGACACACCACACCAGCGCCAUCGCUGCAUGGCUCCGAUGAUGAGGAUUCGGUUGAUGAGGAAACUGAGCUGAAGGAACUGGGCAUUAAGUAAACCAAACUAUUCUGAUGUCAGCACUGGCUUUACGAACAAUUCAUACAGCGCAAUAUUACCAUAAGUUUAGUAAUUUUGUUUCACACGUUCAAAGGGCGCACAGUCGAACAGACGACCAUGCCCACAAAGAGAAACUAUCUACCUACAAUGCUACAACUGUUUUCAUAAACCAAUUUCUACGCUCUUACGCAACAGUUAGAACAAUUUGAGUAUUUUUUGCCAAUUGCGAAAAUUCUAUUUAAUGUUGUUUAGUCUAUAAGCAGAUCAAAGUCCCAACAACAAAACGAAUGUUAUUAAAACAAAUUAAAUUAUUAUUUACCCAAUUACACAACAAUCGGCCACUAAUUGACCUUAUCAAAUUUAUCCAAAUAUAUAAUUACUAGAAUGCGUA